AUGCCUUAUUCUAUCCUAAAGUGGCCUCAGGUUUUCCAGAAAGAAAAACCGGAAGAUUUAAUGAUGUGCUAUGAAGAGAUCUCAGGUCUAGAUGAUUUAAUGAUGUGCUAUGAAGAGAUCUCAGGUCUAGAUGAUUUAAUGAUGUGCUAUGAAGAUAUCUCAGGUCUAGAUGAUUUAAUGAUGUGCUAUGAAGAGAUCUCAGGUCUAGAUGAUUUAAUGAUGUGCUAUGAAAAGAUCUCGGGUCUAGAUGAUUUAAUGAUGUGCUAUAAAAAGAUCUCAGGUCUAGAUGAUUUAAUGAUGUGCUAUGAAGAGAUCUCGGGUCUAGAUGAUUUAAUGAUGUGCUAUGAAGAGAUCUCAGGUCUAGAUGAUUUAAUGAUGUGCUAUGAAGAGAUCUCAGGUCUAGAUGAUUUAAUGAUGUGCUAUGAAGAGAUCUCAGGUCUAGAUGAUUUAAUGAUAUGCUAUAAAAAGAUCUCGGGUCUAGAUGAUUUAAUGAUGUGCUAUGAAGAGAUCUCGGGUCUAGAUGAUUUGAAUCAUGCUUAA